GGUGUGGGCCAGUUGAGGAGCUGGAAACUUUUAUUUCAUCGGUGAUCGCGAGGUGCGCCGCGCAUGCUCGUACUUGUUGCAGCGCAGAAGAAGCUCGUGUGUGUGUAUACACUGUAUGUUAUGUGCCCGCAUAUUAUACGUGCAUGCGCAGAGUCUAUAGGCGCGACGCGUGGCACUGAACUGUAUUAGAUUCCGCCGCGUUAAAUAUGUGCCGACUCAUCGCGUGAAAUUGCCUCGACGACCGAUGGCGCGCGAUAAGACGUCGAUUUUUCGUCGACGAUUGCGCCGCGGCGGCUCGAUCGGCUGUAAGGGAAUUCCUAUCAAUAUAGUGCCGAUAGCCGCCAUCAUAAAGUGCGUGGAUAGUUACGUCCGUAUGUCUAUAUGAUUUUAUCGUGAUUCUAGCUCGAUCCGCUAAUUGAUAACCUCGAUCUGAGCAGUUGUAAUACGUAUUACGAGCCAUCGCAUUAUCCGACGAACGACAGGUCGAGGCGCCGGAGCUUCUACUCCCGCAAGCUCUGUGUAUACUAUAUACCUACGUGAACUACAAGAGCGGAGGAGAAGCCGAAGAAAAAGAAGAAGAAGAAGAGGCGGAUCGAUCGCGGAAUGACGAUCGACCUGUACUAUUUUCCACCCAGUCCGCCUUGCUCUUCCGUCAGAAUGCUCGCUAAACACCUCGGCGUGCACUUGAAUCUCAAGUCCCUCAACCCGCUCAAGGGAGAGACGAUGAAGGCGUCCUUCAGGAAGAUUAAUCCUCAGCACACGAUCCCGACCAUCGACGAUAAUGGCUUUAUCUUGUGGGAAAGCCGGCCGAUCAUGGCGUAUUUGGUGAUGAAAUACGCCAAGAAUGACUCGCUCUAUCCAAAGGAGCCCGAGAGCCGUGCCCUCGUCGAGCAGCGGCUCUACUUUGAUAUUGGCACUCUCUACCAGAACAUCCUCGGCUACCACGCACCGGUGAUCAUGGGCAAAAUGGAUUCUCCGCCGGAGCAACUGCUGGCACCCAUGGAGAGAGCUUUUGAGGUCCUCGACGGGUAUCUGCAGAACAGUCAGUUCGUCGCAGGCGACGAACUGACCAUAGCCGACUUCGGCAUCGUGGUUUCCGUUAGCUUGGCCAAGGGCUGCGGCUUUGAUAUCGGCAGGUACGACAACGUGGCAGCUUGGCACGAACGCUGCAAAAAGGCCAUGGAUAAGUACGGCUUUGAGGAGAUUAACGAAGCCGGGUCCCGGACUCUGGGCGGCUUUUACAAGGCGAAUUUGAAAGCUUAAUCGUCGCUGUACCGACGAAGAGCGUUUUCUCGGAGAAAAAUGAGCCGAGAGAUCGCCACUUUGUUAGUUAUGGAUGUAUAGUUUGUUAUGAAUAUGGAUCGGGUCCAAUUACUCGUGCAUUAUACUCGUUAUUCACUGCUGUACAAACAAUCGAAUCUCUGAAAUCUAUAGCUGUAUUUAUAUUAUUUUUGUACAAAAAUUGCGCGCAGUGAAUGACGGAUGUACGUCGCAGUAUUUGUGUUUCUAUAGAUAAAUUCUAUAGAUAAAAAAAUCCCACUUUGGUACAUAGAUAACGCAUCUUCCUUUCCUUUUACUCACUUUGUACAUGUCACUUAUAGGUAUAUUAUCCACAUUACAAUCUUUCUGUGAAAAUGCAUUAAAAUUAUUUAAUAAAUGAAUUUAACACGAAA